AUGACCACUUUGAUAAAGGGCCUUAUGGGUCCCCUGCAUAUUUUAACAGUUUAUAUACUAACUGUUUAUAGGGUGUUUAAUUUUAACCCUGAGGAUUUCUAUUAUAAGGCGCGAAUUACCACAAAUACCAAAGAACAGCCAUAUCCCUUAUCGACCUCUAGUAGAUUUCCGUUCUUCUUAUAUUUCGGUAGUCCUAAUGGCCAGUCUUUCUUAAACCGCCACAGAACUACCAUUACGAGGAAGCUAGAUGCUUAUAAUGCACGAAUGGUCCUAAAGAAAGGCGAUGAACGUACCCCGUCUGUUCCGAGAUUUAUUAAUUCGAUGCGGAGAAGUCUCCGAAAUUGGCGUUCUCCCGCAUCAACUGGCUGGACCUUAGAUUCUAUGGGAAAUGCCCUUUAUCCUUUACGCGGGAGCAGGUCGAUACGCACGAAAGCUAAUUCUCGGAGUAUCAAGCUUAGUAGGAGUAUCAAGCUUAGUAUAGGAUUCAGGCUCUUGCGAUGGGUCGCACCAGGAUUGAAUGUGAGCGAGAAGAGGACGCAGAAUGAGCAAUUGUUGACUAUGUACAUUGAAAGCGUUGCUGGCGAGAAAUCCGCAGACGAGGCGAGAACCAUCAGUCCUUUCCUGGUCAAGGCAGGAAUAUUAUUUGAGCAUUUUCAAUGUUAG